CCCGAUCCAAGCCUGCCAGAUAUUGAUUUCCAUAUGAAGAAGCAUAUGCCUUUGUCGUUAGGGCAUUCAAAACUCCUUCCUUCUUCACACGUCAUCUACCGAUUGCCAUUGCCGUCGAGCUAGAGAGCGAACCACCAUGUAUCACCUCGCAAAAGGCCUCUACUUGUAUGCCACAAGCAAAGAAGGUCCCUCCCCUCAAUUCUCCAUUUCGCCCACCAGUACUAACUCCUCCCACAGAAUACUCCGUCCUCCUCCUCGGCCUCGACAACGCCGGCAAAACCACCUUCCACGAACAAGUAAAAGCGCUCUUCAACCCCUCGGCACCCGCCCCAAAACUCAAAACAGUCCCAACCGUUGGGCAGAAUGUCUCCACCAUCACGCUACCAGACAUGUACAUAAAAAUAUGGGACGUAGGCGGACAGCACUCUCUCCGAAAACUGUGGCAGUCAUACUACACCUCCUGUCACGCCAUCGUAUUUAUCAUCGAUAGCACAGAUAUCGGGGACGGGAACCUGGAACAUGAAGAUAACGAUCGAUUGGAGGAGUGUAGGUUAGUGUUGGAAGAUGUCUUGACGCAUAGUGAGACGGAGGGCGUGCCACUGUUGGUGCUGGCCAAUAAACAGGACCGAGAGGAUUGUGUGGAGGUGGUGAGGAUUAAGGAGGGGUUGGUGAAGAAGGUGUUUGAGGGGAGUAAGGGGAGUGGCAUUCGGGAUUCGAGAGUGCUUCCUGUUAGUGCUUUGACGGGGACGGGGGUUAAGGAGGCGGUGGAGUGGGUGAGGACGAGAGUCAAGUGGAAUAAGGAGGGGAGACCGCCUGUUAUGAGAUGAGGUGAGCUUUGGGAUUCUGGGAUCGGGUUGGUUUUUUGUUCUUGGCGCUUGUGAGAUAUCAGGUAUAGAUAUAGCGAGGCGUUUGGAUAUCGUGGGUUUUGGGCAACUUAUAGAUCAAGAUCUGGGUUAUGAGUUAUUUUCAAAGUCCCUUCCUUUUUUUCUUUUGAUUUUUUGUUCCUUUAGUCCUGCUGGCAUUUAUAUCUACCUACAUUUUCCAAAAUCAGAGUCAACUCGUUUUCUAAUCGUCCUUUCAUUUCUUACUAUCAUAUUUCCGAAAUACUUCUAUCUUGUUCUAACCCGCAAAACCACAAAAAGUACAUCAUCACAUCAAUCACAACCCCCUCCCCACCAAACAACCACCCCCUCCCCUCAUCAACCCUAACCAACUCAUCCCUCUUCCCCUCCCUCCUCCACU